AUGUCAGCUAAACUUGCUGAUCGUAUAGACCCAUUCACAGCGAAAGCUGCAGUGAAAUCGAAGAAACAGAAGCGAUCACAAGGGUCGUCACAUUAUCGAGCAAAUACUGCACCUGAGCUGCAGGCUUUACCUUAUCUUAAAGAUACUCCGCAGAAUGAACAACAGGAACUGUUCAUCAAGAAACUGCAGCAAUGUUGCGUGGUGUUUGACUUCAUGGACCCAGUCACUGACUUGAAGAGCAAAGAGAUUAAACGAGCCUGCUUGAAUGAACUGGUAGACUACAUUACAGCCACCCGCAAUGUCCUGACAGAACCCGUGUAUCCCGAAGUAGUUCGCAUGAUUGCUUGCAAUAUCUUCCGCACUCUUCCUCCCAAUGACAAUCCUGAUUUUGAUCCAGAGGAAGACGAUCCUACUCUAGAGGCUUCAUGGCCACAUUUACAAAUUGUGUAUGAGUUCUUUCUGCGGUUUCUUGAAUCUCCGGACUUCCAGCCCAGUUUAGCAAAGAAAUAUAUAGACCAAAGGUUUGUGCUUCAGCUUCUGGAGCUGUUUGACAGUGAAGAUCCCCGAGAAAGAGACUUUUUAAAGACCGUCCUCCACAGAAUAUACGGAAAAUUUUUGGGCCUAAGGGCUUUCAUUAGGAAGCAGAUUAAUAAUAUUUUCCUCAGGUUUAUUUAUGAAACUGAGCAGUUUAAUGGUGUUGGAGAACUUCUGGAGAUUUUGGGAAGCAUUAUCAACGGGUUUGCCCUGCCACUGAAAACAGAGCACAGGCAGUUUCUCAUGAAGGUUCUGAUCCCGCUGCAUAAGUCACGCAGCUUAAGCCUGUACCAUGCUCAGCUUGCCUAUUGUGUUGUUCAGUUUUUGGAAAAAGAUGCUGCGUUAACAGAAGAUGUGAUAAAAGGCUUACUGAAGUUUUGGCCUAAGACUUGCAGUCAGAAAGAGGUUAUGUUCUUGGGUGAAAUUGAAGAAAUUCUAGAUGUUAUCGAACCGUCUCAGUUUCAAAGAAUUGAGGAGGACUUGUUUCGCCAAAUUGCCAGAUGUGUGUCAAGUCCACAUUUUCAAGUGGCAGAGCGAGCAUUGUAUUUCUGGAACAAUGAAUAUAUCAUGAAUUUGAUCGAGGAGAACUCCAGUGUUGUGCUGCCCAUCAUGUUCCCGGCGCUGUACCGCAUCUCCAAAGAGCACUGGAACCAGACGAUUGUGGCGCUGGUGUACAAUGUCCUGAAGACCUUCAUGGAGAUGAACAGCAAGCUGUUUGACGAGUUGACCGCUAAUUACAAAUCAGAGAGACAAAAGGAGAAGAAGAAAGAGAAGGACAGAGAAGAGUUGUGGAAAAGGUUGGAUAGGUUAGAAAUAAGUAGCAAGCGAAACAAAAAAUCUUAA